AGAUCUAUUUGAAUGUGCUGCUGUUGAUUUUCCUCCAAGUAAGCAAUGGAUUCGAGUACACUUUUAUGGACGACAAAGCCGAAAAUCAACUUUACGAUGAAAAUGAGAAUAAAAUAGACGACAGAAAGUUUAAUAAAAGGAUAGAAAAGUUGACAGUACCUAAUGAGGCUUUCAAAAGAAAUUUUCGAACUUCGACUAGGUCUCAAGGCAGUCCAAUGUACAGAACAAACAAUCGUGCUCACUGUUCAUGUGAAAUGAACUUCCAACAGGUUGAUCUAGGACGAGAGUAUUACCCAAGAUACGUUCAAACCGGAAUUUGUCACUCUAACUCCUGCGACAAAUUUUACCAAUGUAUCGAAAAAGUAUACAAAAUAAAAGUUUUGCGAAAAAGGGAGGUCAAAGACGGCGAGGAAACAUUGUCGUCAGGUUUGCCGAAGCCUUUGAGGGAUUUUUGGGUAGCCGAAACAGUACCAGUCGGUGUAUCCUGCGAAUGUGUUCUGGAUAUACAAUCGUUUCCCGACGGCGUAUAAAAAUUAUCCUACAGAAGUUGCACUCAUGUAAUUAUAUAACAAAAUAAAUUAGUUUUCGUUUUA